AUGAUCAAUACAGAUAUUGAAACAUACGGCCCCGGAACCGUCGUUGACACUGAGUUCCAACCACUUCCCAAGGAGUGCGAGAGAAUACUCCGAUUGCUCGCCUCCAAAACACCAGGAUUCACACAUGAUGACGAUCUACUCAAUGGUGUCCAUUUCCACGGCCAGAACUUACCCUGCGUUCCUGGACCAAUCAAGUCCCAAGCCGUCACUGCAGUCCUCCAUGCCAUGGUCGGUAUCGUCGGUCUAGAGAUUUUACAUCUGCGUGGGAUCACAGAGAGCAAAACGGUCCACAUCGAUGUGGAUCACGCUGGUCUUUACCUGGCUACUGCAGCUCUCGUCAACAUCGACGGGAUUACUGGACCUCCUGUCAUAAAUCUCCCCACGGUUCCUCAAUGGGACAAGGACCGUGCUUCUAAUUCACCCCUUGUAUAUCGUGCAACAGCAAUUUACGAGACGGCUGACAAGGGAGUUUGGUUCCAGCUCCACGGAUCUCUUGAUUCAUGGAAAAUGCUUUCUGUGAUUGGUAUCACCAAGAAUUUCGACGAGAAAAUUCGCACAAACGAAGAAGCAUAUUCGCUCAUCCAAGAUCGUGUUCGCACAUACCGUGCUCGCGAAAUCGAGCAACUCAUGGUAGAAAAGGGACUCUCUGGAUCCAUCGUCCAUUCGCCUGCGGGAUGGCGUCAGACUCAAAUGGGCAAGUCAUUGUCAAGACACCCCCUCAUCAACUACAAGCAGCAGACCAAGACUGAACCCUGCCCGUUUCCUAGCAUGGCUGAUAAGCGACCUUUGGCUGGCAUAAAAGUGGUCGAAUUGACUCGCAUCAUUGCUGGAGCCGCCGCCGGUGCUGCUCUUGCCUCUCUUGGUGCUGAGGUCAUUCGUGUCAACUCAUCCAAGUUGAAGGAUUAUACGCCUUCCCAGCCUUCAUCUCUCAUGGCUGGCAAAAUCACCAUUGAUCUGGAUCUGGAAGAUCCAGCUGAUCAUGUAAAGCUCAUGCAGUUGUUUGAACAAGCCGAUGUCAUCCUACAAGGCUAUCGUCUACGGUCCUUGGAGCGCCGUGGUUUUGGUCUGAAGGCUGCACUUGAUCUCGCCAACAAGCGAGGCAAGGCUAUCAUCUACGUCGACGAGAACUGCUAUGGUCCUGAUGGCUAUUAUGCGGAGAGACCUGGUUGGCAACAGGUUGCCGAUGCUGCUGCUGGAAGCGAGUGGGUCAUGGGUCAGUCUUUCAACUGUCCACCUGGUCAAGGAGUGCUGCCCAGUUUACCCAUAUCCGACAUGUCCACGGGCAUCCUGACUGCUCUUACCAUCAUGUGCGGUAUCCGUGACCGAACCAGGUUUGGAGGAUCCUACCAUGGCCAUGCUUCUCUUGCAGCAUACAACAUGGCAACGCUUGACACCGAUAUCCGCCUAUAUCAAAGAGACACGGUCGCGAAGAUCAAGGACAAGUACAAGUUUCCCGACUGGUCAAGUGAUAUCCAUGUAGCACCGCUGUAUUACUCCAUUCUUGAGGCAUGGGAGAAGGAGAGCAACCUCAUCAAAGAUGAAAAGUACUACGUGCAUUUCUCUGACUCUGUCUUUGGCUCUGAUCUUCGAGUACUGGGACCUGUGGUUAAGUAUGCGGCGGACGAGGUUAUGCCCAAGUGGGACAGUCCACCUGUACCAUUCUGCCAUGAUGCGUUCCGAACCUUCAAGUCUGUGUAG